UUAUAUUUGACUUUGUUAUCUUACAGUCUUACAAUUGCAGAUUCCAGUAGAAUAUUGAAAAUCAACACAACAUGUGAGUGUUCCCAUUUGGGACUUCCUUUUGGACAUGAAUUUGUACCUCUUAUCCCCAAUCAACCUGUCUGUAAGCGGUUUUGGCUUGUUACUACAAAAAUGCUUGAAAGAGAAGUUGCUGCAACCGUGCAAGCAAAUUCAUGCAUUAAUGUUAACAUCACACACUGACAUGAAUGCUUUGUCGUUGAAUUCAAAGCUCAUUGGUGCCUAUGCAAGUUGUGGGGAUCUAGGUUCUGCUGAGCUUGUGUUCCAAAGAACAACAAACCUGAAUAUUUUUGCGUUCAAUUGGAUGAUUUCAGCUUUAGCAUUCCAUGGCUACCCUGAGAAAUCCAUUGAAUACUUCUCUCUUCUUCAACAAUCAAGAACUAUUCCAAACAAGUACACAUUUGCUGUUGUGUUAAAAGCGUGUGUUGGUCUAAUGGAUCUGAACAAAGGAAAGGAAGUGCAAAGUAUGAUAUAUAGAAUGGGAUUUGAGUCAGAGCUAUCGGUUGCCAAUGCCUUGAUUGAUAUGUAUGGUAAAUGUGGCAAUACGGAAUAUGCUCGUUUAGUUUUUAAUGUAAUGGUCGAGAGAGAUAUUGUAUCCUGGACAUCAAUGAUAUAUUCAUAUGCUAACGUGGGGAAAAUUGAAGAAUCCUUUAUUUUGUUUGAAAAAAUGAGGUUAGAAGGCAUAAAGCCUAAUGAUUUUACAUGGAAUGUAAUGAUCGCUGGAUAUGCUAGGAGAGGAGACUGUGACACAGCUUUUAUGUUACUCUCUAAAAUGAGUGAAGAGGGGUUGACUCCAGAUUUGGUUACCUGGAAUGCAAUGGUUUCAGGGUAUGUUCAGAGCCACAGAUCAACUGAAGCUCUAGCAUUAUUGCAGGAUAUGUUGGAUGCUGGAGUGAAGCCUAAUGAAGUCACGCUCACUGGGCUUCUUCCCGUCUGUGGGUUGAUUGACUCUGCGUAUACAGGGAAAGAAAUUCAUGGCUUAGCAUAUAGAUUAGAGCUUUUUGCUAAUGUCUUUGUUGCUAGUGCUCUCAUUGACAUGUACAGUAGAUGUGGGAGUGUAGAAGAUGCUUGGAAUGUUUUCAGUUCUGUUCCUUUCAAGAAUGUUGCAUCAUGGAAUGCUAUGAUAGGUUGUUAUGGGAAGCAUGGCAGAGUAGAAAAUGCAAUCAAACUUUUUGAGAAGAUGCAGUAUGAAGGAGUGCUGCCAAAUGAAGUAACCUUAACUUCUCUUCUUUCUGCAUGUAGUCAUGGUGGUUUAGUUGAGAAGGGUUUGAAGAUCUUUUGGUCCAUGGAGGAGUCUUAUGGCAUUAGAGCAAGGAAAGAGCAUUAUGCUUGUGUUAUUGAUCUUUUGUGUCGUGUCGGGAGGCUGGAGGAGGCUUACGAUAUAGUCAAAGAUAUGGCAAUAGAAGUUACAGAUUCAAUUAUUGGUGCUUUCUUCAGUGGCUGUAAGGUCUAUGCAAGGAGAGAUCUUGCUGAAAAGAUGGCUAAGGAUAUAUUGCAGAUGGAUCUGAAGAAGCCUGAAGGUCUUGUAGCCCUUUCAAACAUUUAUGCUGCUGAGGGAGAGUGGGAGAAUGUUGAGAAUGUGAGGAACAUGAUGAAGCACAAGGGAUUCAAUAAGAUGCCUGGUUCCAGUUGGUUGUAGAGGAUAGGAAUAGCAUGAUACACAGAAAUAGAUCUAGGAAUGUGAAGUAACAUUGGCUUUUAAACUAUUAGAUAAUGCAGGUGUUUCUGCUGCUAUUUUGCUAAACUCUGGGGUUUUCAAGGCAAUGGGUCGAGGUAGAGGAAAGGGUAAGAAAUUGACUGUACUUGACCCUGAUGAUCCAGGAAGUGAUGAGGAAGAAAAGAUCCCCACACAGAAGAGGAGAGGAAGGCCACAAAAAUCACUCAAAGAUGACAUUGAUGAAGAAGCAGUUGAGAUGAUUGAAGAGGAAGAUUCUGAGAGUGAAAAACUUGGAAUUCAAAACUUGGAGAUAAAAGGUUCUGCAACAGAAAAUGGGAAGAAGAGGAGACGGAAUACUCGGGUGAAAGAGAAGCAUGAUUCAGUAAAAGAGGAAAAUGGUAAUGGAACAAGAUCAAGCACUGAUGAACCUGCUAGGUCCAAUAAUGUUUUCCGUCAUAGGCGGAAAAACAAGCCUUGCCGUGCUGCAGAAGCUGGUGUUAAGUGCAACUGACGUUUUGGUUCUGCCUAUGUGGACUUUGUUCCUGUUACACUCGACAGGUGAAUUUAAUCAUAGCCCUUGCCCCGAAAGAAAAUGAAUUUUGCUCCUUUGGGCACUAGGCACUCCCGUGGUUCGUGAGAAGAAAAAAGGAUGUUGCAUCUGUUCAUGAUUGACGGAUGUCUUGGCAUUGCUUUGUUUUCUCUCCAUUCCUAUCAGCAAGUUCCGACCCAGAAUCAAAUCCUCCCGAUAUAUCAACCAAGUCUACUGUAAGCCAAAAGGUCCUUCAAUGGUUAGGGAAAGCUUUCAUAUCAAUGCCUUUGUUCGUACAUUCUUAACUUGAUUGGGACUGUAAUCUUGAAUUAGUGAGGAGACUUCAAUUUUAUAUGACUCA